AUGAUCAUCAAGAAGAUUUUCAACGACUCCGAGGAGGUGCUCGUCUCGAAAAAAGAGUUGCGCAGCUUUGUGCUUCGACUUCUCGAAAAAGUUGGUUGUUCCGCGGCGCACGCCCAGCAGCUUGCUGACAUUUUGAUCUGCUCGGACUACAGGGGCCACUAUUCGCAUGGUGUCAACCGAUUGCAAAUCUACGUUCAGGACCUUGCCACCGGAUCAACCGCACCAAAUGGCACUCCAACAAUAAUCCAUGAAAAAGGCGCCACUGCUUGGGUGGAUGGAAAUAAUCUGCUGGGCGCCGUCGUUGGCAAUUAUUGUAUGCAGCUAGCUGUUGAGAAAGCAAAGGAAUUCGGGCUUGGAAUGGUGGUGGCCCGGAACUCGAAUCAUUUCGGCAUCGCCGGCUGGUACGCGCAAUACGCUAUGGAGAUGGGAAUGAUUGGUAUGGCCUUCACAAACACAUCUCCAUGCGUUUUCCCUACAAGAUCCAGUGAGAAAGCAUUAGGGUCUAACCCAAUCUGCUUCGCCGCUCCAGCACAAAAUGGGGACAACUUCUUCUUGGAUAUGGCCUCCACCACAGUAGCAUAUGGAAAAAUCGAAGUCGUCGACAAACGUGGCGGCGUAUCUAUCCCACCCUGCUGGGGUACCGAUGAAAAGGGCCGCGAGACGACAAAUCCAAAGGUGGUCCUGAAUGGCGGUGGGCUUCAACCCCUUGGAGGCAGCGAGGAAACAGGCGGCUACAAAGGCACUGGACUAUGCAUGAUGGUGGAAGUGUUGUGUGGCAUUCUCGGCGGUGCCGCUUUUGGCAAAAACAUUCGCAUGUGGCAGACGACGGCCACCACCGCCGAUUUGGGCCAAUGCUUCAUCGCCAUCGACCCCGACUGUUUUGCGCCCGGAUUCGCGGGCCGGAUGCAGACGUUUAUGGACGAGACGAGAGGGCUGGACCCGUUGGAUGAGGACCCGGUGUUGGUGGCUGGCGACCCAGAACGAGCCCAUAUGGCCAUGUGCGACGACCUGGACGGGAUCGUCUACAAGAAGAGCCAAUUAAACCAUCUGGCCGACCUCGCCAACCGCUACGACAUCACAAUGUUGAAAACGAAAGAAGUCAACCUAUUAGCCCAGAAUAACGCCGAAAAUGUG